AUGAACUCGAGGCUGCGAUCCAGCCUGCUUUUUACGUCCGUCUUGGCGCUGUUCAUCGACAGCGCCUCUGCGCUGAGCGUCAACAAGCGAUCCGUUGGCGAUGAGGCCAACUUCGACACAGUCGAAGCCUGCCAGGUGACGGAGCUGCCGAUCCGCGGCGCAGAGUACGAAGCCGUGUGCGGAGACAAGAGCGAUCCCAAGCAUCCAUGUUUCACGCACUGGCACGGCGAUCUCACGUCGGUUCACAUUGCUCCGUUCCUGGAGCCCAUUGACAACAUCAAAGAUGGAAUCCUGAUCAAAGACGACAACAACUACACGGACUUUGCGUUCCAGAACGCCUCGGACGCGUACGUGAUCACCUACGUCGGAUCGGGUCAGGUACAGUUCGUGUACUCGAACUACGAUCCGAAGACGGGAUGCUACGACGUUACGCUCAGGCGCGGCGGCGCUGGCCGCCAAUGGAGAAUCUGGUUCUCGGACGACGUUGGAAGUGACCGGGACUUGGACACCGAGAACUACGAAGUCACCUCUGGUCGAUUCUGCACAAAGUGGGGACAUAUCCACGUUGGCUAUUCCGACUAUCUCCAAUGGGCCCUCUAG